AUCCACUCUUGGAGCAGAGGUAAACGUUGAGUUCGCUGGGGCGCGUAUUGCUCUUGUUUGGUUCUAUGUUGUUCCCGUAGUUCCGUGCUCUCAAUGCGGAAGCACCUUUGAAUGGCGACAGCGCUAACUGGUGUCAGUGUUUUCAUUUUUAAUUCCGGCUACAAAUAUCGAACACAAAGACAUAUAACUAAAUACCAACACGUGCAGCUCUGAAACGCGCAGUUUGACGGAGCCUCCACUUGAAACACGAAGUCAUGGCUUCCUGUGUUUCCCUGCAUGUGGAGGAACUGUUGCUAGCUCGCAGGUGAAAUCACUCAUCAACUUACUCGUUUCACGAAAGAACCCGGCAGCCAGCACAAUGAAAGUCCGCUCGUCUGUUUUCGCCUCGUUCAUCUUAAUAUUUGAAGUGAUCGGCAUCGCUCUCUUCCUGCGGGGAUUUUUCCCUGUGCCCGUCAAGUCGUCUCUGUCAUCCAAGAACAAACUGUCGGACCUGCCAGCGGAGCCUCUGUCAGGGAGCUCUCAUAACUCCUCUCGCCUGCCCCAGCCCCUGUUUAAGCGGGUGGUGAUAAUGCUGGUGGAUGCCCUGCGGGAGGACUUUGUGUUCGGACCCAGUGGUCACAUGUACAUGCCCUACACCAGACAUGUGGUGGAGAGAAGCUCAUCACACAGUUUUGUGGCCAAGGCAAGACCCCCAACAGUCACCAUGCCCAGGAUCAAGGCUCUCACCACUGGCAGUAUCCCAGGCUUCAUUGAUGUGGUAAUGAACCUAAAUUCUCCUGCACUGCUGGAAGACAACCUCAUUUGGCAGGCUAAAACAGCAGGGAAGAGGAUAGUUUUCUACGGAGAUGACACCUGGGUCCGCCUCUUCCCCAAACGCUUCAUGGAGUAUGACGGCACCACCUCCUUCUUUGUGUCCGACUACACUGAGGUUGACAACAACGUGACCCGUCAUUUGGACAGCACCCUGAAGAGAGAUGACUGGGACAUUUUGAUCCUUCACUACUUGGGCCUGGACCACAUCGGUCACAUCAGUGGACCCCACAGUUCACUCAUCCAGCCCAAACUGCUGGAGAUGGAUGAUAUCCUGAAGAAGAUUCACGGUGCCCUCAUUUCCAAGGAAGCGGAGGGAUCUCUGCCCUACCUGCUGGUGCUGUGUGGGGACCACGGCAUGUCGGAGACCGGCAGCCACGGAGGAUCCUCAGAGCCAGAAAUCAACACACCCCUGGUGCUCAUAAGUCCGGCUUUCAAAAGAAAAGUGGGAAUGGAGAAGCCCGGAGUGGUCGAGCAGGUUGACCUGACCCCGACCCUGGCCCUGGGACUCGGCCUGCCCAUAUCUCAAAACAGCGUGGGCCGCGUCAUCCCAGGUGUCCUCGAAGAAACCUCACUCAGAGACCAGCUGCGCUUUCUGCAUCUCAAUGGCCACCAGCUCAGCUGCCUGCUCAAAGACAGCAUGCCCAACUAUGAGAAAGAGGCUGGCUUUGAGCAGUUCCGUGUGGCAGAAAAGGCUCAUGGGAGCUGGAUGAAGCUCUACCUAGAGGGAAACACCUCCGAGGUGCUGACCAAUAUGGGGAAAAAGGUCCUAAAGCAGUACCUGGAUGCCCUGGCCGCCAUGAGCUCGGCUCUCAGCAAACAGCUUGGCAAGUACGACAUGUACUCCAUGAUCGCAGGCAUGGUCUUUGUAUUCCAGCUCCUGUUGGUCUUACUGCUGGCAAUGCCUGAAGCUCUCAGUGGUGCAGCAGUAGUGGACCUCCCAGUCCUUUCAUCUCUGCUCUCCCUGCCUUUCUACCUCUUGUGCCUGCUGCUCGCCUCAGUUCACGUCUUGGUGUGCACAUCUGCCGAGAGCUCCUGCUACUUCUGCAGCCUCUCCUGGGGUCUCGUGUUUGCUGCUGUAGCCUUCUCCUCAGCGAUGUUUUGUAUUCUGAUCUCCAUGGCAACACGCCGACUCCCCCAGGGGCAAAAGAUUCACGGGAAGUCUCCACUGAGGAGCAGUGGCAGUGAGUGGUCACUCUCAGAGCUGGAUGUGUUGCUGCUGGCGGGCACCAUUGGACACACUCUCAGCUUGUCGGCCAGCAGCUUCGUAGAGGAAGAGCACCAAACCUGGUACUUUCUGCUCAGCACCCUCUGCCUCGCCAUCUUCCAGGAUGUGUGCCGCAAGUACUUCAGAGAGCAGAGUAGCUCGAGAGAUGAGGAAGAGCUUAUCCUGCCUUCCAAAGACAGUCACCCCUCUGCUCACCCUAAGGCAGAGAUGUACUCAGAGAAGUGGUUAGCAUUAGCCACGCCGCCCUUCACUCUGCUCUGCUGCCGGCUGCUGCGUUCGCUCAACCAGACCGGGGUACAAUGGGCUCAUCUUCCUGAUGUCGGACAUUGGCUUAACAGCUCUGAACACAAGGUGGUUCUCUCCCUGCUGGCUGCCUUCUGUUUGGUUCUUAUCUACCUCCUGGUUCAAAGACGGUGCUCAUGGGUCUCUAAGGUCGCCCUCGCUCUCGGACUUCUGGGCGUCUACAGCUACCGGGCAGCUGUAGGCAACAUCUUGUUUCCCUGGCAACAUUCUGGCCGUACCCCAUCCAAGGGAACAGUGGAGGCACGCUUUGUUUAUGUCUUCGUUUUGGGCAUCCUCUUCACGGGCACCAAGGACCUGCUGCGGUCCCAAAUCAUCACAGCAGAUGCCAAACUGAAGAGCAGGGGAUUGUGGGAGAUUUACAGCGGCUUGGUUUUGCUGGUCUCGCUGCUGUUCCGUGCCCACAACAUGCCCGUGCUGUGCGGCUGCCUGUUGAUCCAGACGCUCAUGGCUCAGUUUAUCUGGAAGAAGCUCCACUACGACGCAGCCCAGACCACCAUCAUGCACUACUGGUUUGGUCAGGCCUUCUUUUACUUUCAGGGUAAUUCCAACAACAUUGCCACCGUCGACAUUUCAGUCGGAUUCAUCGGACUGGAAAGUUACGUGGAGGCACCUGCCAUCUUCUUAACGGCCCUCAACACUUAUGCGGGGCCCCUGCUCUGGGCAUGUCACCUGGUCUGCUACCUCAGCUCAGAGAGAGACCGGAGCCCGGUUGCAGUCGGCCACGGUUGCUACUGCUUGGCCCUGCUGAGGUCUGUUCCUGCUGCAGCCUACAUCGUGCUGGUGACUGUUCUGCGCUACCAUCUCUUCAUAUGGAGCGUCUUCUCACCUAAAUUACUGUACGAGUCCAUGCACCUGCUGCUGACUGCAGGGAUCUGUCUCUUCUUCAACACGAUGGAGCACAGCCACAGCUCUGCUACGUCAUAGGCAGAAACGCUGACCAUUAAGAAAAUCUCUGGAGUCGAAGGGUCAGAUACAGUCUCUUGAUUUUGUGUGUAAGAACCGCUCAUAAAGACUGAUAGACACUAGAGCAUGCUUAUCCUCACUCUGUAGUGUACUCUGUUCAUAGUAUGUGAGCAGAUCCUUCUGAAACAGUCCAUCAUCUGGACUCUGAAAGUCUUCUUUGCAAAAAUACUUUGAAAAUGCAUUUACAAUGUAUUUUUGAGCAGUUUAUUUAAUAUUUAAUACUUUCUAACGAGAAAAUGUUUGUGGGUGAAUAAAAGUGGAAUGGUGGAAAUAAGCUUUUUGAAGGAGAAUAACUUUUUUAUACAUACAGGGUGCUAACUCAGGGAUCGGUGUACAGUGAGUAAUAGAGUUUAAGGUUUUAGCUCCAUGGGUUCAACAUCAGUGGAGAAGCUUGUGUGUUAAUGUUGAAUGGAAUGUAAACAUGAUGUUUACAGAACUGAACUCUGCUGAACUAUUAUUGAAUAGAUCAUCAACUCAAUGACUCAUCGGGGAAAGUAAAAGUACUAUUAACAUGGUAAAUGGACUAUUUAUAUAACGCUUCUCCUGUCUCAUGGACGUCUCUAAGCCAUUUUAAAAUUCACCCAUUCAUGCACACACUCAAACAGAGCUCCUACAUGCAUCAUAUCUUUUUCUAUCACACUACCUUCAUACACUGUCAGCCCAGUCGUCAGGAGCAAUUUGUGUGGUUUGGUAUCUUGCCCAAGGACACAAUGAAAUGUGGACUAGAAGAGCCAGAGUUCACUUUACCGACCCUCCGGUUAGUGGACGACCUGCUCUACCUCCUGAGCCACAGCCGUCCGAUAACUAAAUUAUUAAUGGCUGAGUUCCAUUAAGCUGCUUCAGUGUUAGGGUCAUAGUUUUACUGACACUGUCACAUCGUACUGGGACACUUGAAGACAUUAGAGACAUUGUUAAUGUUAACACCUCACCUUUGAUUUUCCUAAAACACGAGCAUGUGUUCUGUCGACUAUUGGCCUAUUGACUAAUCAUACAGGUCUAUGUGGUCAGUAGUGUGAGGGGGAUGUCAGUCAAACACAGACUGGACCUGCCCACGCAGCUUAAGGAUGAUGUCAAGGCUGUUGUCUAAGAUAUUUUCACAUCAGAUGAGUAGUUACAACUCAGACACUUCUUGUUCACAGUCUGAGAAAAAGGGCUGGACAAUAAAGAAAAUGCAUCAAAUUACCAAUAUUUUUAAUCUCAUGCCAAAUUCGGAGCCCAUCGGCUAUUGUCUGACACUAAUUAUCUUCUAUUGGCUUCUGGUGUAGACAUCGGAUAUCUGGGCCAAGUCUUCAGUUCGCUGUACACUGUUUACAGUCCGUCCAGUUUCUUUUAUCACACAAAACACAGUGAUACUUUUUAAAGGUGUUUUCAGUCCAGUCGACAUUUUGGCUAAUCUCUAUCAAGACUGUUUGCCUGUGAGCAAGUCUGCUCAAACCAAUCUAACUCCCAAAUGUUGUCCCUCGUUCACAGAUUCUGCAUGUUCACAUCUAGAAUCUGUUUAUAGAAAUUCAACACAAUUUCUAGUAACUAAAUAAUCUGUCUCCAAUAUAGCAAUCGAUUUUCUCUGGACAUCCAGAAUCUUAAACCUGUAUAAUAUUUGUACUAUUAUAAACUGUAGCACAUGUUGUACAGUUGUAAUUCAAAUUUUAUUCAUUCAGUAGCGAUAUUAUUGUCUUGGCAAAGAUUUCUACAAAUGAUAGUACUAAUAAUGUCGAGGCCCAUUAAUAAGACCUGACACACUCUUCCUGACACACAGCCUGUUUUAUCUCUGUAUAUGUCAAUAAGGAUUUAGCUGUGGUGAUGUCAGGCUCAAAAUCUGUGUAAAGCAGUGUGUAGGACACACUUGAUGAAAUUGGCAUACGUACCCAGUUAUCAUGGUGGUGUCAGUUCUUCUCCAUAAAUAUAUCCAAUAUAUAUUUUUCUCCUCAUUACAUUUUCUACUUAAUCUACUGAGGUAGUUUGAAUUCACAAAUACUGAGCUCGGUGUUAUCAACAGUCAUCAUUUAUCUGCAGCACAGCUUCAAGAAGAUGUGAGAAAAUCAAGUGGACUUUCCUUCAGUUUUUUUAAUUUAUUGAGUUCCCACAUUGUUGUGGAGGAGAUAGAGUUUGAAAACACUAGAACAGCUAAAAUUAUUCGAGCUGGAUGACCUUAAGGUUUUGCUAAAGGCACACAAUUUCCUUUUUUUAAUUUGCUCUCCUUAUCCGGCUGAAUCCUCCUGUAUAUACAUUACAAUUUUCAUUGUGCAAGUCAUAUAACUUCCAGAGUCUGGCACUGCACUGCAGAGUUAUGCACUUCUCCAACUUCUACUCAAUCCGUUCCUUCAAUAUCACUGAGAAUACUACCAAAGUAAAGUUAGAAAGUUGGCGAUCGUCCAAAGUAAUAAGAGUAUGGAGCCAGAACAGCAAACAGUGUGCUGCUGUCCAAGUACUUAUGGAGCUCACAGUAUAAUUACUGCCUGCUUGGACUUGAAAUUUUGGUCUGAUGAAACUUUUUAAUGUCAUUGACUCUUUGUUUCUGUAUCAUCAUCAUUUUUGUUUUGUGUCAGUGUGUCCAUCUCCCAGAUGCAUGACCACAGAGCUAAGACUUCCAUUGUAGCUGUCUUUCUGUCAGGUUGCUGGUGUCAGUGGUGUCAGUGAACAGCUGUGACGACUUCAAAGCUUCUUUCUCAUAAUUACCUGACAAUCCUUGGCUCUGAGAUUUGUCCAGAAAAAAAGGAAAACAAGUUUAAAGAUAACGUGUUCCAGCCACAGUGAGCAACUUUUCACCUCCAGGCAGUAAAGUGAAUCGUAAGUUCCCACCCCAAAAACUUGUCAUUCACCUUGAUGAGCUGUCUGCCUUGAAACGGCAUCUCGCCCAAGGCUAAGAUCACUGACAUUCCCUCAAGUCGCCAUGGGCGUCGGAGACGCAGAUGGCAAAACUGAGGAAGGGGUAAAAAAAACAGCAAUGCUGGUGUUUGGUGUGUUAUUGAAUAGAAUUUGUGCUUCGUGACGAGCCUGACUCUUUAUUUUGCUGCCAUCGCAGUUGUUGCUUUGAGUCACCUUGACAGGGACAGGGAGCCGCAACGCUGACUACACCCAGAGAGAAUGGAAUUUAAAUGUCCUGAACAACAUUGAAAAGUUAGACAAACAGGAGGAUUUACAUUUGAAUAGACUGACAGACAUACACUGCAUAUGGAUCACAGUGUGUUUACUGGUUUGCAUCAGAAGCAGGACACGUUUAGCUUUCAGGUUUUCAGGCUCGACAUCAUGUUAUUCCUCUUCUAAACCGGUAGCACACUGUCACAGCACACAGGCUUCAAACAAAGGCUGAUGGAAAUAGUUGAUGAAGCAGAUAAUAAUCUACAUCACUCAUGAGGAUUGUUCCGUCAGUGAUCAGUAUGCUUCAUAUCACCUUGCCUGUCUAACAACAAUCACAGUGUCUCAGUAGCAAGGAAUAGUUUGAAAUUUUCCAGGAAAGCAGAAGAGACUGCAGGAAGUAGAUGUGCCCGGUCAGGAAAUAGUCCAGAGCAGAACAAUAUCAUUAUAGUUUAUAAAAGAUAACUUGAAUAAUGUGUGAUAUCAUCAGAGUGGUUAUCUUUCUGAGGGUCUGUCAGUAGUUUGUGGGUUUUCUGUUUUAAGUUUGUGUCUGGGACAUUUUUCUUUCCAUUCAUUUUGGUCUGUUCAUCAUAAAUAAACCAGAAAUGUAAAAGCUUCACAUCAAGAAAUGGCUAUAGAGUUUUAUUGACCCUAAAACUGUUUCUAAAUUUGGGUUGAUUCUUUUUCCAAAACCUCCUCUGCAUCCUCUGUUAAACUCGUCGGCACCGGUGCAAGACGAAGCCUCACAACUGCUUCUCACAAAUCUGAUGGGACUGCUCUUUUUGUGUGAAAUCAUUCCUCUGUAUCCAAAUACCCAACAGCCCAUGAAAUGGAUCAGAAUAAUUGCAGUGUCCACAUGCUGGAAAGUUUCAUAGCAUGUGUUAGUAAUACAGUUGUACAUCACAGGAAGAGUGGACUGAUGUCUAAUUACUCUCACAUUGUUUUAACAUCCUUCAGAUCACAUGUACACUGAUUUCACAUCAUAUGAGACAAUCGUCUUUAGAACACUUUUGUUUCAUAAGAUUCCGUGUCACUAUUAUCAAAUGUGUUGUUGUAAGAACUGUUGGUUUAUUUUUUGUCAAACCAAAGCUUCAUUACAACCUGUAGAAGUUUAAGUAGUCUUGAUUUCAUUUGUUUCUCAGUGUUUCUUCAUUUUGAAAGAAAAUCAAACUAAUUGCUGGGAGGAAACUACUUCAUGUUUCUGUUGAUGGCUACAAUGUGUGGAUUGACCUGAUUGCAUCCAUGUUGUUUUGUAUGAAGUCUAUAUGAACUAUACAAUGUGUUUGUAUAGCGUCUCUUUCUGUGAUUCUUUUUGCCAUAUGUGCUGAACCUUUGUUACUGAUUUUCUGUAUUUUACUGAGCUUUCUUUCGGUUCCUUGUUUUUUGUUGCAAAGCUCUGCAACACAUGUGAAAUGAUACAAAGUGAAAGAUGAUUUACCAAAAUAUUUUUUUUAAUCAGGAGUCACUAUUGGUUUCUAAUGGUGAAAUAAUAAAGCCAUGUGAAAGUUGACCCUAAACACAAAA